UUGUGUACCCAAACUAUCGUGGAUCUACAGCGGACAGACACGAAACGGAAAUUUGAAACUGCGAGGGGAGACCAAAGGGGAUAAGAUUGGAGAGGUGAGGUUCGAGGGUAUGCGACUCAGGUCUCAGAGCCAGUUCCUGUUGUAACGGACAUCGAGCUGCUCUACGUUGUGAUGAAGUGGUUUCGCAGGAAGCGAAGUCAGCUCCGGGAGCGCUUUGCUCCUCUUACCGAAAUUUGGUGGGUGAAGAUCGCGAACGGCAGAAAGUGGCUCAUGGUGGAAGUGUGGUUGGGUUGGGGUGGGGCACCGAGGCGGGCUGAAGCUGAACUGGACGAGACGCAGAAGUCCACGAUAUGCUGGCUUGUUUCCGUAGUACUUGUUCCUCCGCGGAGACUCUUUUUUCGUGACCAGAUCACCGGUCGAGAAGGAACUUGGCUCCUGGAGCAACCGUCUUCUUCCUGUUCAUCUACGGUUCGGAUUCUGCGAUUCGUGUGCCGAUACCUGCCCAUAUUGUACACGGCAUUGGUGAGGAAGAGGCCUGAUCAACGGUCGAGCCGAUACCCAAUCUUAGCGCCUCCAACGGUCCGUCUCCUACAACCCCUUGUUCAGAUGGUCCUUUCCCUUCAACCCCUCCUUUUCAAACCCGACCUCGAAAUCGCCGUCCGCUGUCUCCUAGUAUGGCCGAUACGUUCGUUUAUUAUAUUCGAAACUGCCCAAAUCCUCCAACAGUCUGCAGGUAGUCAGUAUUCCGCAUCGUGCGAUGGUGCCAUCGGCGUGUACCUAGAGCUCCACGUCGCGAUGAUCCGCAUCGACGGUUGCAAAGGAUAGGGAUCCUUUGCUAUUCUUUCAUUAGUGUGCUUCUUAUCGUCAGUACAUUCGACAAAGGGUCGAGACCUGGCACACCGCAAUGGAAGCGUUGGUUGGCAACCAACACGGUCUCUACUAUU